CCAAGUUUUCCUCACCAACAAACUGAAUUACUUGCUUCACUUUUAGUUUUCUGCAAAUUCAAAACACCUACUUUCGUUCUCUACAAGCCCUAGAUUCCAAUGGCGCCAAAGGCAGAGAAGAAGCCAGCUGAGAAGAAGCCGGCGGAGGAGAAGAAGUCCACCGUUGCCGAGAAGGCUCCGGCGGAGAAGAAACCAAAGGCCGGAAAGAAACUUCCUAAGGAGGGGGCUGCUGCCGGAGACAAGAAGAAGAAGAGGACAAAGAAGAGUGUGGAAACAUACAAGAUCUACAUCUUCAAAGUUCUGAAGCAGGUUCACCCUGACAUCGGUAUCUCUAGCAAGGCCAUGGGUAUUAUGAACAGCUUUAUCAACGACAUCUUUGAGAAACUCGCUCAAGAGUCCUCAAGGCUUGCUAGAUACAACAAGAAGCCGACAAUCACGUCUCGGGAGAUCCAGACCGCUGUGAGACUUGUGCUCCCAGGUGAGUUGGCCAAGCACGCCGUUUCAGAAGGAACCAAGGCAGUGACCAAGUUCACCAGUUCUUGAAGACGAUAUAUUUUGUAGAUGAACUUGCGUUUUGUUUUGUUGAUUGUACUUCCGUGAAGGAGUAGGAUAAGUUUAUUAGAUGUUAAUGUUUUUAGUGUUAGGUUUCUUUCUGAACAUGUCGACGACUCUCUUUUUUCUCCCCUUUUCCCCUACACUUGUAACUGAUUUUUUCUUUUGAAUGGGUUUAAUUAUUAACGUUUGUAUCUGCUAUUGGAUCUUAUCGAUCUGAAAGUGUCUUAUGGUUGAAAUUGAAAGAACUGACAAAUUUUCGCCCAA